UGCAAAAUAAUCGCGAAUAAAUUUUGCAAACUGGAAGUUUAGCCAGUGCACCUGAUGCUAACCUGAUAAGAUAAAAAGUUGAACGUGACGUUUGCGAGUGGGACUCAUUAUCGGCUACCUCGUCCAUCGGCAAGUGAAAUUCCCCGUGGUUGUGCAAGGAAGUAGGUCGCAAACACACGUUAAUGCGAAACAAGAACGAAGCCCGUGAGACAUUCUUUCGAAAGUCUUUUCGUACGCAGACUUGACAGGACCAAAGUUCAAGGCAACUAUUACUAAUUCUAAUAUAAACCUAAAGCAAUUAUUGUUAAAGUCCAUGUACAUACAAUGUACAUGAAAUACGACCGGAAUCGCAAGUAGCUAUGUCCUUGAAUAUAAUAUAUUUGCAUGUGUUAUACAAGAAGUGAAGUAAAGACGAUACCACUGCGUAAAAGUUACCAAGAAUUAUGCUACGGUUGAUUGAUCGCUGGUUUUCUCGCCGUAUGCAUGAACCACAAGUCCAUCCAUCCUGAAAGAUAAUCCUCAAAUGCCAAGAGUGAUUAUUAUUGCGAAAAAAGGAAAGCGCAUAAUUUAUCGUGUAUUCGAAAGUGACAUGCGAUGGGAGGAUGUGAGAUCGUUAUUUAGAAUUGAUACUAAUCGAAAGCAGCUGCCAAUGCUGGCUUAUGCAAGGACGUUCAUUAAGUUCAAAAGAAGUAAUGCAAAAGCACUUGGCUACAACUUGAAACAUGCGGUCGUGCGGAAGUAAAAUCGGACAAUCUUAAUUGACGGCGCAAGAAGUAGAACACGCGUGGUAAAACUAAAGGAGGUAUUUCUCGGAUGAUGGAAAUGGUGAAUGAAAAACUGCGUAGACGAAGCGUAAGCGAACUGCUCAAUUGGAGAUGCCUAGUUGAAUGUAAGGGCGCCAUUGCUGGAAACGAAAAUGACAGCGCAGGAAGACUUUUGCUAGAGGAUCGUGACGGAGAACCAGAGACACGCAGACGGAGACGAUCCGGUACUUGGCCAAGAACGAGGAGUCUAAACGCACCCAGUCCCGUUCAACACUUCGGGCGAUGUGGGGCUAUCAUGAAAACUUCUGUAACGGUUAUGACUAUUCAGGACCCGGCCUCUCAGAGGUUGACGUGGAACAAGCCACCUCUCUCUGUUCUGGUUAUCAAGAAGGUUCGUGAUUCGUCAGUCCUGCUACCGUUUGUUCAGUUGGUCACAUGGUUGAUACAGGCAAAACGAAUGGUUGUAUUUGUGGAAGCUUCUGUUCUGGAGGACCCAGCCCUUGCCAGGGAUUCUAAAUUUCAAAGUGUUCGUGAUAGAUUACAAACUUUUAGAGAUGGCACAGAUGACUUGCAGGAUAAAAUUGAUUUUAUCGUCUGCUUGGGAGGCGACGGUACACUUCUUUAUGCCAGUUUGUUGUUCCAACAGUCAGUACCACCUGUAAUGGCAUUCCAUCUUGGUUCUUUAGGAUUUCUUACGCCCUUCGAAUUUGAUAAUUUUCAGGAACAAGUGACCAACGUUCUUGAAGGUAAUGCAGCUUUAACUUUAAGGAGUCGUCUGAGGUGCAUAAUUAUACGCAAGAAUGAGGACAGUCAGCUGACUGAACCACCAACGAAUCUCUUGGUAUUGAAUGAAGUUGUAGUGGAUCGAGGGCCCUCACCUUACCUUUCAAAUAUCGACCUAUUCAUUGACGGCAAACACGUGACAAGCGUCCAGGGUGAUGGCUUGAUCGUGAGUACGCCGACCGGGUCGACCGCUUAUGCAGUUGCUGCUGGAGCUAGCAUGAUUCAUCCUUCAGUUCCUGCCAUAAUGAUCACACCAAUCUGCCCUCACUCUCUGUCUUUCAGGCCGAUCGUCGUACCUGCUGGGGUCGAGCUCAAGAUAAUGGCGAAUAGCAAUGCUCGCAGUACAGCUUACGUCUCCUUUGAUGGCCGCAAUCAGCAAGAGCUGCGUGUCGGCGACAGUUUGAAAGUGACAACCUCUAUAUACCCGGUGCCUAGCAUUUGCGCAGCCGACCAAAUCACCGACUGGUUCGACUCCUUAGCUGAAUGCCUUCAUUGGAAUGUUAGAAAACGGCAGAAACAUUUGGACGAACUAAGUGAUCUCGCUCAUUCAUCCAGCAACGAUACCUUAGAUUCUCUCGAUCGAGAUAGUUAGGUCAAGAAGAAUGUUCAUUCAUAGUCAAAAUUGACAAUAUUUGACCAAAUAUUACUUCAUUGAAAAUCAAGAUAAAGUCGGUUAUUCGACUUUUCUAAUUAAUGUCGCCUUCAUCAUACGAACAUCAACGAAAUCUUAUUAAGUGUGAGGAAAUUAAUAAAAAAUUAAUUGUCAGGAAAGAUAUGAUCUAUGAGAUUGUCAUUUAAAAUCAUCUAAGAUGUAAGAUCUAUGUACAGCUGGAGAUGAAUGUUACGUCGUUAGAUUAGAAAAAUUACCUUGGAUCAUGAGGUAUAGAAAUCUUAAUUCUUAAUAAUAAAGUGCAUUUGUCUUUGGAGAGAAUGUUAACAAAGAAAUAUUUCAAUAUUGUCAUAUAGAAAUUAUGUACUUUUAAUAAUUUGAACGU